AUGGAGGUUGACAAAGAUAUUCCAGAUGAAACUUUUGAUGAUUCUUAACACUUUGAAAAUAAGAGAAUAUUAGUCAAAGAAAAUGAGGAAAACAAAUCAUAAAACAUUGUGUAAGAGAUUAAGAAAGAAGCUAGUAUUGCUGUUUAAAGUUUUAGAGAACAAUAUCCAAUUAAGCAAAGAAAAAAGUUUUAUGAGGAGCAUAAAAAAGAAAUGGAUGAUGAAUACUUUUUUUUAGUAUUAGAAUCUGCUCAGACAAAUUCUGUUGAUAAACUGCAAAGACUUGAGCAUAGAAGAAACAAAAAUAUAAAAUUCUGA